AUGAUUACAUUAAUAACUUCGGCUUCAGAUGUGGAUGUCAUAACAUUACCGUCCACUACAGCCAAGUCCUGUCUCAUUGACAAUACAUGCAAAUGUCUUGUCUCUGAUAUAGAUGUUGUCUGCGAGGGAGGCAUAACUGAGACCUCAAUGAUAGACACAUUCAAUGGCAUCCAAAAUAAGACAUCUAUGGAUACCUUUGAAGUGUACGGCAAUCAUCUCAUCACUCAUUUUCCAAACUAUCUCUUCAGAAAUGUUUCAUUCGAGAAAUUCAAUGUAUUUAAUGUAAAAAGUUUGUCGACAAUAGAGGAGAACGCGUUCUCGAGUUCAGUCAACACCACAAUAUCAUUGCGGAUUAGUGGCUGUGCCCUAAACACCAGCCGUUCCCUAUUCAUAGCCGUCUCUCAAUUGAUUUACGUGACCGAAGUAGACCUCUCAGACAAUCAGUUAGUAGACAUACCUGACUAUGCGUUUGGCGCUAAUCAGCACAGACUGCAAAUGGUAUUACUCGAUAGGAAUAGGAUCAAGACAUUAGGCAAAUACGCGUUCAAAGCUCUGUAUUCAAUGAAUUUAUUGGAUUUAAGCGAUAAUUUGUUGGAAAAACUGGAGGGCAACUCGUUUUCGCAGCAAAGUGUAAACGAUUCCCAAUACAAUCCCAUCAGAAUUAAUCUGAAGCUCAACCAAAUCGCUGAUAUCCAGGAGUCGGCUUUCGCCGGACUCGACCGACCCGUCACUCUUGAGCUGUCGUUCAAUAAUUUGACCCAGCUCACAGCACCUACAUUUGCUCAUUUGCUAAGCUACGACCCCUCCAAAAUUAUCAUUAAAGGCAAUCAUGUAAACUGUGUUUGUGGCCUCAAGUGGGUGUUUAUGAACAAAACAAUAAGUCCUAAAUUGUCGGGUCCUUUAAGAUGUGAUGACAAGCGAUACUAUUCUAGUCUUACGGACAAUGACUUCAAGAACUGUACAAACGAUUCAGAAUUUUAUUAAAUCAGA